CCCCUGAGUAUAAGGCCUGUGACCGACCAGGGGCGCUGUUGGGAUGUUUUAAGUCUUUAGUUGAGUAAAAUGGACAGACUUGUUACAAACUGCGCCUAAUUCAGUCACACCGCAGAUAUGUGAGUGUAAAACAUUGAAGAGACGUGGACAAAGAGGAACCAACGACCAGCAGGUGCUCAGGAUGGCUCAGCAGCUAAACAAUGAAGAAGGGACCACAUUAAUUCCUCCACUAAAAGCUGCCGGAGAGCCAAGAAGUUCAGCGAUAUCUGCGUCUUUUAAUUUUAUCAAUUCCAUUAUAGGAUCUGGAAUAAUAGGUUUACCAUAUGCAUUGAACCAGGCAGGGCUCCCCUUUGGCCUUCUGCUUUUGAUAGUUGUUGCGUUCAUCACAGACUACUCAAUCAUCUUACUGAUCAAAGGAGGCAACCUGUCAGGCACAAACAGUUAUCAGUCACUGGUGCAAAGCACAUUUGGUUUUCCUGGAUUUCUGAUUUUAUCUGGGCUGCAGUUCCUUUAUCCUUUCAUUGCUAUGAUUAGCUACAACAUCACAACUGGUGACACACUGACCAAAGUAUUUCAGAGAAUACCAGGAGUUGGUCCAGAUCACAUACUUGCAGAGCGUCACUUUGUGAUCUUGCUAUCAACCGUUGCAUUCACGCUGCCUCUCUCGCUUUAUCGAAACAUAGAGAAACUUGGAAAGGUGUCCCUUCUGUCAAUGGUGCUGACACUUACCAUCCUCAUCAUUGUAAUCAUCAGAGCAGCUACCUUUGGACCCCAAAUCCUCCCCACAGAGAAUGCAUGGGCAUUUGCAAAGUGGAAUGCAAUCCAGGCAGUUGGUGUAAUGUCUUUUGCUUUUAUAUGCCACCACAACAGCUUUCUUAUCUAUGGUUCUCUGGAGCAGCCCACGCAAGCUAACUGGUCCCGGGUCACCCACAUGUCUGUAGGCUCUGCGCUAAUAUUCAGUGCAGCAUUUGCUGUUGCUGGCUAUACCACUUUCACUGGCUACACACAAGGAGACAUAUUUGAGAACUACUGCAGAAAUGAUAACCUGGCAACAUUCGGUCGCUUCUGUUUUGGCCUCAGCAUAAUAACCACAUUUCCACUGGAGUGUUUUGUUACACGAGAGGUGGUAUCCAAUGUCAUUUUCAGUAGGGAUCUUUCAAAAGCUGAACAUGUGACCAUAACGUUGCUCAUAGUGGCAGUUUGCGCAUCAGUGUCUUUAGCCUUUGACUGUCUGGGAGUUGUUUUGGAGCUGAAUGGUGUUCUGAGCGCCACACCUCUGAUCUUCAUCAUUCCAUCUGCGUGCUUCCUCAAACUUUCCACCGGCCGCUGGUUCGAGGGUGAAAACUUGAUACCCACCAUCUUGAUAUUAAUUGGCGUGUUUGUAAUGAUAACUGGCUUGACCAUGACUGGCCUCUACCCUCAAGACUGUUCACACGGUGUGGAGAUGUUCUACUGUGCAGACGCCAAUGUCUCUGGCACUGUGCAACCUGUAUGAAAUUAACAUCGACCAAAUAUUUCAUUGUCUUCAACACUUACACUAUAUGGCAAAAUCGUAUGUAUGUGGACACCCCUGUUCACAUGCCUUUAUUUACUUGAUCUGGGGCUUUUUCAUGGUUUGGGCUAUAGUCUCCUUAAUUCCAGUUAAGGGAAAUCUUAAUGUUACACCAUACAAUGAUAUUUCAGAAAAUAGUGUGCUUCCAACUUUGUGGCAACAGUUUGGGGAAGAUCUUUUCCUCUUUCAACAUGACAAUGCCCCAGUGCACAAAGCCAGGUCCAUAAAGAAAUGUUUUAUUGAGUUUGGUGUUGAAGAACUUGACUGGCCUACACAGAGCCCCGACCUUAACCCUAUUAACGCCUUUGAGAUGAAAAGGAAGCAGUUAUAGGAGCAUAUUAAUGGCCAUGGCUUUGGAAUGAGAUGUUCAACAAUCACAUAUGGUGUAAUGUUAAGGUGACUUUUGGCCAUAUAUUGUACUUGUGUUGUAUGUAUAUUAAUUUGUUGUUUUUCUUUUGGAAUUAAUAGUCUGUCUUGAUAUUUAUUAUUCUAAUUUAAUUGUAUCACACAGAAGGGGAAUUGGUCGUUUCCAUAUCCAGCCGCACGAUGUCACUGUAGACAAAUAAAACACUUAAGGAAGUA